AUGGAACUGCUACAAGGUGUGGAGCCCCCACCCACGAGUGACAUGACCCUUCUCUCACUAUCCCUUGUGGGACAUCUUAUGGAGGUCAGGAUCCAGGUGUCGUUCAGCUGGGUCCUGUGGCUCAAGGUCGCAGAGACUGGAAUGAAGGUAUUGGUCGAGGCUGCCCUCAGCUCCCUGCCAUGUGUCUGCAGCACUGCAGCCAACACUUCUGGAGCACAAGGCUCUGCAGGGAAGGAUUCUGGAGCCCCCAUUCAUCUGAAGGGCAUCCGAGGAGGUUCUGUCUUGUUUAAUGCGAUCGAGAAGCUCAGAGUAGAUGUAGGCACUGAGUUGGAGGAGGUUCUAUGGGCUUUGGGCGCUCUGACAAAUCAUACACAGUUGCUGCGAGUCCGCAGGGGGGCCGACUCUCCAACCUGGUUGAAACUCCAGGACAAGUUCAAGCAGAGGGUCCAUGUACCCAGCAUGUCAUCCCUGAGGAUUGAGAACCUGGCCCCUGAGGACAGCGGGCAGUAUUUUGCCAACAUCACCUCUACUAAGGGAGAGGGGAUUUUCCAGGUUUUCUACCUCACUGUCUAUGAGCCUGUGCCUCACCCUGAGUUCCUGGCAAAGUCACUGUCUAUCACACCAGACCUGUGUAACGUCACCCUGGAGUGUAGGGCUCCAGGGGCCACAGAAGACCUGAAUGUGACUUGGGAGAGCAAGGGCCUCCUCAGAGAGCUGGAGCAGAGAGAAACACCAGGACCAGCCCCCAACCCCUGGACACUGGCUGUGAACCUGCCCCUGUGCCAGUGCAACACCCACCUCACCUGUGUGGUCAGCAACCAGGUGGAUCAGAAAGCUGCAAUCUUAGACCUUAGGAAAGUCUGUGUCCAAGGUGAGUGGUGAGCGUAGCCUGCAGGAUAG